AUGGCGGAAAGGAUAGCUCCGUCCGAAAGCACGCUCGUCAAGUAUGACAAUCCUGUUCUCGUAACAAAACACGAGAAGAGGCCCUCGAAGUGUUCAGCCCAGGUGCGACGCACGUUCGUACGCAACAACAGCAACGCAGCAGCAGCAGCCCCAGUGGAGCGCCAGCAGCAGCAGCGCGGCGCGGCGGUCGGGGACGGCGAGCACGAGCGCGAGCGCGAGUGCGAGCGCGAGCGGGGCUCAGCCUGCCGGCGCUGCCUCAGCCGCGCGGCGCGCUGCCCCGCAGAAGUCGGCGUCGGCGGGCGGGCCUGCCGCGGUCGGCCGUCGGCGGCGCCGCUGCCGGCCGGCGCGCAGGACAUCCCGGGCCUGCUGCGCCAGGGCGAUGCGCACCGCGAGACGGACGAGAUCCUCAACGCCAUCCUGCCGCCCCGCGAGUGGGAGGAGGACGGGCAGCUCUGGCGGCAGAGCGUCUCCAAUACCCCAGCGACCCGCCUAGAUGUCAUCAACCUCCAGGAGCAACUGGACAUGCGGCUGCAGCAGCGGCAGGCGCGUGAGACCGGCAUCUGCCCCGUGCGCCGCCAGCUCUACACCCAAUGCUUUGUCUCUUUUUCCCAGUCUGAACAAGGCAAAGCAGAUCUUGAAACUACGGUCGGGACACUGGUAAAACAGAAGAGUGAAUUUGAGCGUCAAGUAGUAGAAUUACGAGCUAAAGCUGAACAAAUUGAACGGAGAGCAAAGGAAUUACAGCAAGCAGAGGAGAAGAAACAUGCAGAGGAGAUUGAUUUCUUCAAGAGAACUAAUCAACAACUCAAGUCACAACUGGAAGGAAUUAUUGCACCCAAGAAAUAGAAAAAUCUAUCAAUAUGUCUCAUUCAAGUGUCAAAUAUUUCAAUUUCACAACCAAGGGGCAUGGCAAUCUUUUCCUAUAAAUAUGCAGGCAUUCCUGGAUGUGACUCUGGCAUGAUGAAUAUGCUUGAAGAUAACUAAAUGACAGCUGAAGUGCAAGCUAAACGUCAAUAACUUCAAAAUGUUGUGAUAUCAAUGGAGAGGGCAGAAUAAAUACACCGUAUUAGUCAAGUAUAGAUAUAUAAUU